AUGGUAUCCAGAAUUUGGGGUUCGAGUCCUUUUGACGAGCUAGUAGAGAAAGCUACCUCAGAGUUACUUCCUAAAGGACAAGAAGAUUUAACGUUGAAUCUUGAUAUUUCUGAUCAAAUACGCAGUAAAUCGGUUCCUGCUAAGGAUGCUAUGAAAGCUUUAAAAAGACGAAUUGAUCAUAUCAACCCCAAUGUGCAACUCUUGGCUUUAAGUUUGACUGAUACCUGCGUUAAAAAUGGCGGCCACCAUUUUUUAAUCGAGAUUGCUUCCCGUGAAUUCGUCGAUAACCUUGUAUCUAUCCUUCGAUCAAAUAGUUGCAAUUCUGAGGUUCGAUCAAAACUCUUGAGUCUAAUUCAAACAUGGGGUAUUGCAUUCGAUGGAAAGCCUGAAUUGAGCUAUGUUUCUGAUACGUAUCGAUUGUUAAAAGAAGAGUUUGCGUUUCCGAAGCCCGAAAAAGCCGCGUUCUCAGUCAUGAUUGAUACCGCAACACCUCCAGAAUGGACGGACAGUGACGUGUGCAUUCGAUGUCGAACACCAUUUACUACAUUUAACAGAAAGCAUCAUUGUCGUAAUUGUGGUCAAACUUUUUGUGGAGAUUGUUCUUCAAAAACUAUGGCAUUGCCUCAUAUUGGUAUGAAUGAACCCGUGAGGGUAUGCGAUUCGUGUCAUAUUAAAAAACAAUUAAAAAAAACAACAAGAAGUGCAAGUAUUGAUCAUACGGCGCUCAAAAAUACGCACAAUGCAACACAUUCGCGCACCACUUCGUUGCCAAAUGGUUCAAAUGGUAGCAACAAUACAUUAAAUUCACGUCGCGAAGAUGAUGACGACGAAGAUUUCAAGAAAGCCAUAGAACUUUCGUUAAAAGAGGCAGAAUCGAGUCGUGGAUUUGCAUCUUUUCAACAAAAGACAACUCAAAAAGUCGUAGAACAACCAAAAAAACAGGAACCAGUAAAGGAGGAAGAAGAGGAUGCCGAUUUAGCAGCUGCUAUCGCAGCUUCAUUACGAGAAAUGAAUCUGAAUCAACAAAGAUCAAACUACUCAUCAUCUUACGCAGGAUAUGACGUGCAGUCGUACCAGACACCAGCUGCCUCGAUUUCUCAUAAUGAACUUUCUGCUAUUGAGGCUGAAAAUAUAUACAAAUUUUCUGAAAUAGUGGAACGAAUUCAGCAAAGCGGAAGUGACUUAAUGAGAGAUCGUCAAGUGCAGGAAUUAUAUGAAAGAAUUGGCGAGUUAAAACCAAAAUUAACGAAAACUUUAAGUGAAACAAUACAAAAACAUCAGGAUCUUGUGGACAUGCAUGAAAAAUUAUCUCAAGUUGUCAAAUUAUAUGAUAGACUUUUGGAAGAGCGACUUUCCGGUGCAUAUACGCGUCGAGCUUCAACUACCUCAUAUUCGUUGCAACAACGGGUAAAUCCUCCGGUUGGAACUCAGGGCAUUGGAUCAUUUUAUCCUACCAUCAAUACCAUCGCACAAGCACCAAAUAUUUACCCUCAGAUUAAUUAUCCGGCUGCUUCAGCACCUGUACAAUCACCGACUUAUUACCCUUCCCAACCUUUACUUGCUAAUCAACAAUCACAUUCAAAUCAAAUUGAACAACAAACAAUCUAUUCACAACAAUAUACACCAUCAAAACAAACGCCUCAUGCUCAGUAUUCAUAUGUGCAGCAAACACCUGCACCUUACGCGCCUGUUGCUGGAACAGCCAAUAAUGAUACUAUUGUUCCGACAAAUCCCAUCGAAUACCAUCAAGUUAAUGUUAAUCACCAACAACAAUCGAUUAAUGGCAUGGAAUCGUAUUCUAUUUUGCAAGGUUAUCAAGAUGCAGGAUAUCAGCAGCAGCCACAACCGAUUGAAGACGUGGCACCAUUGAUUGAAUUGUAG